AUGAACAGAUACGCCGCCAGUCGCCAUGCCUGGGUGUUUCUCUCUAUCGUUUUCGAUCUUUCCGCCAUCGGACUUGUCGUGCUUGUUCACCAGCGUGACGUCCUUCUCCCCCUACCCCGGAACUCCGCAGAAGCCACUUUGCAGAGCCUUUUGCCCACGUUCGCAUCCUUCGUGGGCCACAUACUCGUUGUUAUCAAUGCCAUCGCUAUCUCAUCGCUAGUAACGGCAUUCACCAAGAAGAAGAUAUCUGACCGGGGGAUCACCUUUAAAGAAAUGAACCAUCUCCACUCUGUUGCCAACGGAAACCUCCCACACUCUCUCACUCUGGUUGCCUUCAUCGCCAUCGCUAUUAAGUUGGCACAGAGUUUCUUUGCCUCCGCAAUAGUCUACAGUCUCUCCCCUGAUCUUAUGAACCGAGGAACGACGCAUAGCAUGCCAAUUGUUGACCUUGCUAUUGAUACGAACCAAGUGAAAGUCAACUGUUCGUAUGGCAAUGGCGACGUCAAUCUGUACGGUUACGGUCCAAAUUGUCCUCUCAACAACGCCUAUGGGGUCAUCUAUAACGCCUACAUUGAUUCGUUGGGUGACACGUUUCUCGUCAACAGCACAAGGGACGGAGUCUCAUACCCUUCCACCCUUCUUGGCAUCUCUGGCUCGAUUUCCACGCUAUCCACUCGGUACGCUCGGGAUGUAAGCGGGAAUCCGAAGCGCACGGUUCUCCCAACCGACACGUUCGAUUCCUGUGUGCCGAGAGUUAAUGUGACCGCAACGUGCAAUUCCAGUCUCGACAACGGUCAGACUGCGGAAUUUGGGUCGCUCAAUGUUGCUACCAACUCGGGGGGGCCCAACUCAAUUGCCACCUUCCGCAUUCGUAACAGCGAUGGAAGCCAUGGCGGAUAUCAAUAUGCCCCGGUUUACGCCAAUGGGGCCAUCUCCAUUUUCCAGGAUGACGACGUUCAGAACGGAGAAACGGUCGUCACGAUCUUGAGCACUGGGAAAUAUGCCGAGAACCUUAGCUCACCCACAAUCCAAUGUCGUGUCUCUGCCUAUCAAUAUCUCCUCCCCAUUCGCAUCGUAGGAAAUACCUAUGUCCAACCACUCCCUUCGCUUCAAUGCCCCUCUAUCCCCGAACCACCGCCUUCCACUUUACUUCAAGUGGUUCGCAUCGCGCCCAUGGCAUUGGUCAAAUCACAAGGUCAAGACGGAAAACUCGAAGCUAUUUCGCUCAUUUCGUCAGAGAGAAGAUCGACUCCUGGAGGAACGACAAAGGCCCUCGAACUUGCGCUGAAGCAAAUGGCCAGUGUCGGAGCGACGGAAAUGUAUGGGGUCUUGGACAGUUUAUCCAAUAUCACAUGGCCAGGCACAAUGGAUUACACAUUCGCAACGCAGGGAUACAAGCUCGGGAUAUCAGGGAACUACAGUCUUAUCUUUCUACUGAGUCCGGUGACACUCUUACUUGCUCUGCUUUGGGGGUGGGUGUGGGUGGGCUUCAGGAAUGGCGUAGAUGGAGGUUUCAAUCCCUUACAUCCUAGCUGUACAGCAGCAGCGGGGAUGAAAAGAGAAGUCCUGGUGGCUGAAAUCGCUGACACGAAGGAUGCGGAUCAACAUGGGCUUGAUGAGCUAGACGUGACUGUUAAAUAUGGUUAUGUGAACGGGACGAGGUUAGGCCUCGAAGUGCCAGGUGGGCAACCUGCAUAUUCCGAAUAUGUGAGGGUGUCGGAGUAUAAGGACUCCCCAAUCGCGUCACCCAUACCGACGCUGGGCUUUAAUAGCCCCGAACAACCACUCUAUUCGGCUCCUACUUUCCCUCAUCCGCACUAA